AUGAAGGGACAAGAUGACCCUGUGCAGGGACAAAUUCAUCAGGACUUGGUGAACCCAGAGUACAUUGAGGUCAUCACCACAACAUCAAGAAAAUCAUUCUAUAUGGCUUGUCGCUCAAGACUCACAACAAUGAAUGAUAAAUUGAAAGCCCUUGAAUGGAGAAUAGAGGACAUUGAAGCACAUGUGACGAAAGGUGAGACCCUCACCUAG